AUUUAGGUGUUCAUUUUAUGUACAGAUGCAUUAUUGUACUUGACUAGCAUUCAGAGCGCGCUUAAACAAAAAUAAUUUCAGUGAACCGUUGUGUCACGAGCUAAUCGGUUGUCUGCUUCACACGUGGACGGAUUACAAGAUAUGACUACUAUUAAAACUAGCCACGCUGCUUCAACGACGAAUGGUAAACACAUGCGGUCACAUAGUUUGAAGAGUUUGCCAGAAGUUCAAGCGGUGGUUAUUACGGAUAAAAAGAAACAAAGCACUUAUGCGACAGGCGAUACACAAAACGUGCUCACAACAGCUAAAAUUACUUCUACAUGGAAACAGGCUUGCGAUCGCACUAGAGAUCGAACAAAACAGUUAUUACGAAGAACCAUGUCAUGGAAGAGUAAUACUAAUUCAAUUCCGCAACCAGAAGUACAAAUAACGGAGGAUGAAGAAUGUGUGAAUUCUGCACUUGAAGUGUACAUAAGAGCUACUUGGGUGAAACGUUGUUCAGGCAAAACCAAUGAAAAAAAGACGGAUUAUCUAGUUGAAUUGUCUUCUAUACAGGAGGAAAAGUUUAUACAUUUCUUCAAAUAUUAUUUAGAUGGAGAUUGUGAUGGGUUUGUAUUUGAACAUGAUUUUCAUCAGUUGUUCGAGAAACUGAGGAGGUUCGCAGAUUGGUCACCCCAGUGCCAUGAAUAUAUAAUAUCGAAACAAGUAUUAGAAGAAUUAGUUCGAGUAUUUUUUCCUUGCAAAGAAGGCCAAAAUGUUGCAUUUAUUAGCUUAUCAAUGGACGAUUGGUUAAAAACAUGGCAACAUUACUUAAACGGAUGCUCAACUAUAUCAAAUCUACCGUUGUGGCUCAAAUAUCUAAUGAACAUUUUGUUUAAAUCGUUGGAUUCGGGAAAUGGUGUAAUUAAAAGAGAAAAUUUACAAAGGUUUUACUGUACGUUUUUAGAUUCAAAUUGUGAAGAAUCAAAAGAACCGAUGAUUGACAAUGUUUAUAAGUUUUUAACAUCAAAUGGUGAUUUUCUUUUGGACUAUGAGGUAUGGAGUCUAUGCUUUGCUAACUGGUUACUGGGUACCAAACCUAAUGGAUCAGGACAAUGGUUAUUCGGCAGAUGUGGCUUAACUUCUGAUUUUUUCCCUAUCGAUUAUUCAGCUAUGAAUUCAACGAAAGAAAUGAGAGAUACUUAUUCCUUAAAAAGACGAAGUCAUAGAUAUUCAGUAAUUGUCUAAAAGUAAAGAAAACACAAAAAUAAUCAAUACUAUUCAUGUUGUAUAAUUGUAAGUGUUGUUGCUAUGAUAACAUUGAACACAACUUUGUUGAAUAACUUAAUAAAUAAGUUAUUAAAU